ACAGACAGAAAGAAACCAGGAAGUAAGGGGAAAUUAUUACAGUCUGUUCAUAGCUCAGAAUGUUAAAGGCAACAGCCUCUGCUGGUUGGUUAUUCAUUAGCAAAAAGGAGAGAGCCGUCCAGAUCCGGACUGGUCGAAAGACAGGAACAGACUUGAAACGGGGAGAGCUCCUGGCGAAAGCAAGACGUGGAGGUUUUACCAGGGGUUAGUAGCUUCCUCUUGCUAACUUUUUAUUGGGACAAAAGGCAAGAUGGCACCAUUCUGUUCUCAGAUAUUUGUCUAAAUAAAGCCCUUUUAAUUUUAUUUUAUUUUUGUUGUGGGAUUCUUAAGCAGAUAAGAAGAAAAGACACCUUCCUAGUGAGCAGCUGCCCAGCUCCUGCUCAGUUUUGCCUCGGGGUAGCACCUCCAGCCACAGAAAGCAAGCCGGUAAGUCUCUCCAGGUAGGACUUGCUGCAACCCAGCUGCUGGACUGAUCUGAAACGGGACUUUGCAUACUCUCCGAAGUAUGGUGAGUUGGUGCUGACUUCAAAGUUGCCUGGUGAAGGAAGAGAAGGUGGAUCGCAGAGACUAAGGGGAGAGGGAGAAGCCCUGCUCCUCUUCUCCCCACCAAGGCACAAUGAGCAACAUCUGUCAGAGGCUCUGGGAGUACCUAGAACCCUAUCUCCCCUGUUUGUCCACGGAGGCAGACAAGUCAACCGUGAUUGAAAAUCCAGGGGCCCAUUGCUCUCCCCAGUCACAGAGGCAUGGCCACUACUUUGUGGCUUUGUUUGAUUACCAGGCUCGGACUGCUGAGGACUUGAGCUUCCGAGCAGGUGACAAACUUCAAGUUCUGGACACUUUGCAUGAGGGCUGGUGGUUUGCCAGACACUUGGAGAAAAGACAAGAUGGCUCCAGUCAGCAACUACAAGGCUAUAUUCCUUCUAACUACGUGGCUGAGGACAGAAGCCUACAGGCAGAGCCGUGGUUCUUUGGAGCAAUCGGAAGAUCAGAUGCAGAGAAACAACUAUUAUAUUCAGAAAACAAGACCGGUUCCUUUCUAAUCAGAGAAAGUGAAAGCCAAAAAGGAGAAUUCUCUCUUUCAGUUUUAGAUGGAGCAGUUGUAAAACACUACAGAAUUAAAAGACUGGAUGAAGGGGGAUUUUUUCUCACGCGAAGAAGAAUCUUUUCAACACUGAACGAAUUUGUGAGCCACUACACCAAGACAAGUGACGGCCUGUGUGUCAAGCUGGGGAAACCAUGCUUAAAGAUCCAGGUCCCAGCUCCAUUUGAUUUGUCGUAUAAAACCGUGGACCAAUGGGAGAUAGACCGCAACUCCAUACAGCUUCUGAAGCGAUUGGGAUCUGGUCAGUUUGGCGAAGUAUGGGAAGGUCUGUGGAACAAUACCACUCCAGUAGCAGUGAAAACAUUAAAACCAGGUUCAAUGGAUCCAAAUGACUUCCUGAGGGAGGCACAGAUAAUGAAGAACCUAAGACAUCCAAAGCUUAUCCAGCUUUAUGCUGUUUGCACUUUAGAAGAUCCAAUUUAUAUUAUUACAGAGUUGAUGAGACAUGGAAGUCUGCAAGAAUAUCUCCAAAAUGACACUGGAUCAAAAAUCCAUCUGACUCAACAGGUAGACAUGGCGGCACAGGUUGCCUCUGGAAUGGCCUAUCUGGAGUCUCGGAACUACAUUCACAGAGAUCUGGCUGCCAGAAAUGUCCUCGUUGGUGAACAUAAUAUCUACAAAGUAGCAGAUUUUGGACUUGCCAGAGUUUUUAAGGUAGAUAAUGAAGACAUCUAUGAAUCUAGACACGAAAUAAAGCUGCCGGUGAAGUGGACUGCGCCCGAAGCCAUUCGUAGUAAUAAAUUCAGCAUUAAGUCCGAUGUAUGGUCAUUUGGAAUCCUUCUUUAUGAAAUCAUUACUUAUGGCAAAAUGCCUUACAGUGGUAUGACAGGUGCCCAGGUAAUCCAGAUGUUGGCUCAAAACUAUAGACUUCCGCAACCAUCCAACUGUCCACAGCAAUUUUACAACAUCAUGUUGGAGUGCUGGAAUGCAGAGCCUAAGGAACGACCUACAUUUGAGACACUGCGUUGGAAACUUGAAGACUAUUUUGAAACAGACUCUUCAUAUUCAGAUGCAAAUAACUUCAUAAGAUGAACACUGGAGAAGAAUAUCAAAUAAUAAAGUAGCAAAACAAAUUCAAAUAAUCCAUUCCAAAAUACAAUGUUAUCAACCAACUGCACAAUCAGUUUAUCCUGACAUAUUCAAGUGAUAGGAUAAAGUUGGCCAUGUAUUAUGAAAAAGAUUAUUUGUGCAUUUUAUUGACUGGGCAACACUGCAGGACAGUCAAGGUGAUAUAUAAUUUCCUCACUGCCUGGUAAAAUUAAGCACACUAAACCAAGUUAUUUUUCUUUUUAAGAGAUACUUACAUUUCCAUUUAUUGUUUGAAAUGCCGAUCAAGAGAAUCAACAGAUGAUAGUCCAAUUUUUACUCAGUGACUGUUGUAGCAUUUUCCUGUUUACUGAUUAGAGUGGUUAUUCAUUAUUCCUCAGAUUGCUGAAUCCCAUCAGGCUGUUAUUAUGAAGGAAUUUGAUUGCUUUGCUGCACAGCAGGACCUGUGCUUUGAGAUUUUUUUUUCUCUUUUAAAAUAUCCUGUAACUACAAUGAUGGUAAAGCCAUGUUAAAUGACUUGAUUGUACUUGGAGUAAUUGCACAUUUUUUUCUAUGCAUAAAAAAAUGAUGCAGCUGUUGAGAAAACGAAUUGAAGUCUUUUUCAUUUUGCAGAAGGAAAUGAUGGAAUUUUUCUGUACUUCAGUAUGUGUCAACUGAGAGUCAUAUACAUUAGUUUUAAUCUCCUAAUAUUGAGAAUCAGGUUGCUAAACGGUUGAGUUAUUAUCUAUGGAAAUGUGAGAAAUGUCUAAUAGCCCAUAAAGUCUGAGAAAUAGGUAUCAAAAUAGUUUAGGAAAAUGAGAGGAGAACAGUAGGAUUGCUGUGGCCUAGACUUCUGAGUAAUUAAUAAAGAAAAAGAAGUACCCUUUGGCCUACAGAUCAGAGUUUUAUUUAUUUUUUAUUUUUUACUUUUUAUUAUAGUUUAAGUUCUGGGGUGCAUGUGCAGAAUGUGCAGUUUUGUUACAUAGGUGUACAAGUGCCAUGGUGGUUUGCUGCACCCAUCAACCCGUCGUCUACAUUAGGCAUUUCUCCUAGUGCUGUUCCUCCCCUAGCCCUCCAUCCCCUGACAGGCCCCAGUGUGUGAUGUUCCCCUCCUUGUGUCCAUAUGUUCUCAUUGUUCAGCUCCCACUUAUGAGUGAGAACGUGCUGUGUUUGGUUUUUUGUUCUUGUGUUAGUUUGUUGAGAAUGAUGGUUUCCAGCUUUAUCCAUGUCCCUGCAAAGGACAUGAACUCAUCCUUUUUUAUGGCUGCAUAGUAUUCCAUAGUGUCUAUGUGCCACAUUUUCUUUAUCCAGUCUAUCGUUGAUGGGCAUUUGGGUUGGUUCCAAGUCUUUGCUAUUGUGAAUAGUGCCACAAUAAACAUGCAUGUGUCUUCAUAGCAGAAUGAUUUAUAAGCCUUUAGGUACAUACCCAGUAAUGGGAUUGCUGAGUCAAAUGGUAUUUCUAGUUCUAGAUCCUUGAGGAAUUGCUACACUGUCCUCCACAAUGGUUGAACUAAUUUAUACUCCCACCAACAGAGUAAAAGUGUAAAUGUGUUCCUAUUUCUCCACAUCCUCUUUAGCAUUCAAAACAGCAUCCUGUUGUUUCCUGACUUUUUAAUGAUCACCAUUCUAACUGGUGUGAGAUGGUAUCUCAUUGUGGUUUUGAUUUGGAUUUCUCUAAUGAUCAGAUGAUGAGCUUUUUUUCAUAUGUCUGUUGGCUGCAUAAAUGUCUUCUUUUGAAAUGUGUCUGUUCAAAUCCUUCGCCCACUUUUUGAUGGGGUUGUUUGUUUUUUUCUUUUAAAUUUGUUUAUGUUCCUUGUAGAUUCUUGGUAUUAGCCCUUUGUCAGAUGGAUAGCUUGCAAAAAUUUUCUCCCAUUCUGUAGGUUGCCUGUUCACUCUGAUGAUAGUUUCUUUUGCUGUCUAGAAGCUCUUUAGUUUAAUUAGAUCCCAUUUCUCAAUUUGGGCUUUUGUUGCCAUUGGUUUUUGUGUUUUAGUCAUGAUGUCUUUUCCAAUGCCUAUGUCCUGAAUGGUGUUGCCUAGGUUUUCUUCUAGGGUUUUUAUGGUUUUAGGUCUUACGUUUAAGUCUUUAAUCCAUCUUGAGUUAAUUUUUGUAUAAGGUGUAAGGAAGGGGUCCAGUUUCAGUUUUCUGCAUAUGGCUAGCUAGUUUUCCCAACACCAUUUAUUAAAUAGGGAAUCCUUUCCCCAUUGGUUGUUUUUGUAAGGUUUGUCAAAGAUCAGAUGGUUGUAGAUGUGUGGUGUUAUUUCUGAGGCCUCUGUUCUGUUCUGUUGGUCUAGAUAUCUGUUUUGGUACCACUACCAUGCUAUUUUGUUUACUGUAGCCUUGUAGUAUAGUUUGAAGUCAGGUAGCAUGAUGCCUAUAACUUUGUUCUUUUUGCUUAGAAUUAUCUUGGCUAUGUGGGCUCUUUUUUGAUUCCAUAUGAAGUUUAAAGUAGUUUUUUCCAAUUCUGUGAAGAAAGUCAAUGGUAGUUUGAUGGGGAUAGCACUGAAUAUAUAAAUUGCCUUGGGCAAUAUGGCCAUUUUCACGAUAUUGAUUCUUCCUAUCCAUGAGCAUGGAAUGUUUUUCCAUUUAUUUGUGUCCUCUCUUAUUUCCUUGAGCAGUGGUUUGUAGUUCUCCUUGAAGAGGUCCUUUGCAUCCCUUGUAAGUUGUAAUCCUAGAUAUUUCAUUCUCUUUGUAGCAAUUGUGAAUGGGAGUUCACUCAUGAUUUGGCUGUUUGUUAUUGGUGUAUAGGAAUGGGUGUGAUUUUUGCACAUUGAUUUUGUAUCCUGAGACUUUGCUGAAGUUGCUUAUCAGCUUAAGGAGAUUUUGGGCUGAGAUGGUGGGGUUCCCUAUAUAUACAAUCAUAUCAUCUGCAAACAGAGACAAUUUUACUUUCUGUUUUCCUAUUUGAAUACCCUUUAUUUCUUUCUCUUGCCUGAUUGCCCUGGCCAGAACUUUCAAUACUAUUUUGAACAGGAGUGGUGAGAGGGGGCAUCCUUGUCUUGUGCCAGCUUUCAAAGGGAAUGCUUCCAGCUUUUACCCAUUCAGUAUGAUAUUGGCUGUGGUUUUGUCUUAAAUCUGUCAUUUUUUUUGAGCUACGUUCCAUCAAUACCUAGUUUAUUGAGAGUUUUUAGUAUGAAGGGGUGUUGAAUUUUAUCAAAUUUUCUGCAUCUAUUGAGAUCAUCAUGUGGUUUUUGUCAUUGGUUCUGUUUAUGUGAUGGAUUGUGUUUAUUGAUUUGCGUAUGUUGAACCAGCCUUGUGUCUCAGGGAUGAAGCCAACUUGAUCGUGGUGGAUAAGCUUUUUGAUGUGCUGCUGCACUCAGUUUGCCAGUAUUUUAUUGAGGAUUUUUGCAUGGAUGUUCGUCAGGGAUACUAGCCUGAAAUUUUCUCUCUCUUUUUUUUUUUUGUUGUGUCUCUGCCAGGUUUUGGUUUCAGGAUGAUGCUGGCCUCAUAAAAUGAGUUAGGGAGGAGUCCCUCUUUUCCUAUUGUUUGGAAUAGUUUCAGAAAGAAUAGUACUAGCUUUGUACCUCUUUGUACCUCUGGUAGAAUUCGGCUGUGAAUCUAUCUGGUCCUGGACUUUUUUUGGUUGGUAGGCUAUUAAUUACUGCCUCAAUUUCAGAACUUGUUAUUGGUCUAUUUAGGGAUUCAUCUUCUUCCUGGUUUAGACUUGGGAGGGUGUAUGUUUGCAGGAAUUUACCCAUUUCUUCUAGAUUUUCUAGUUUAUUUGCUUAGAAGUAUUUAUUGUAAUCUCUGAUGGUAUUUUGUAUUUCUGUGGGAUCGGUGGUGAUCUCCGCUUUAUCAUUUUUUAUUGUGUCUAUUUGAUUCUGCUCUCUUUUCUUCUUUAUUAGUCUGGCUAGCAUUCUAUUUUGUUGAUCUUUUCAAAAAAUCAGAUCCUGGAUUCAUUGAUUUUUUGAAAGGUUUUUCAUGUCUCUAUCACCUUCAGUUCUGUUCUGAUCUUAGUUAUUUCUUGUCUUCUGCUAGCUUUUGAAUUUGUUUGCUCUUGCUUCCCUAGUACUUUUAAUUGUGAUAUUAGGGUAUAGAUUUUAGUUCUUUCCUGAUUCCUCUUGUGGGCAGUUGGUGCUAUAAAUUCCCUCUACACACUGCUUUAAAUGUGUCCCAGAGAUUCUGGUAUGUUGUGUUUUUGUUCUCAUUGGUUUCAAUGAACAACUUUAUUUCUGCCUUAAUUUUAUUAUUUACCCAGUAGCCAUUCAGGAGCAGGUUGUUCAGUUUCCAAGUAGUUGUUAGGUUUUCUGUCAGUUUUAAUCCUGAGUUCUAAUUUGAUUGCACUGUGGUCUUAGAGACUGUUUGUUAUGACUUCCGUUCUUUUGCAUUUGCUGAGGAGUGUUUUACUUCCAAUUAUGUGAUCACUUUUAGAAUAAGUGCGAUGAGGUGCUGAGAAGAAUGUAUAUUCUGUUGAUUUGGGGUAGAGAAUUCUGUAGAUGUCUGUUAGGUCCACUUGGUCCAGAGCUGAGUUCAAGUUCUGAAUAUCUUUGUUAAUUUUCUGUCUCAUUUAUCUGUCUAAUAUUGACAGCGGGCUGUUAAAAUUUCCCACUAUUAUUGUGUGGGAGUCUAAGUCUCUUUGUAGUUCUCUAAGAACUUGCUUUAUGAAUCUGGGUGCUCCUGUAUUGGGUGUAUAUAUAUUUAGGAUAGUUAGCUAUUCUUGUUGCUUUGAUCUGUUUACCAUUAUGUAAUGCCCUUCUUUGUCUCUUUUGAUAUUUGUUGAUUUAAAGUCUGUUUUAUCAGAGACUAGGAUUGCAACCCCUGCUUUUUUUUUUUUCUGCUUUCCGUUUGCUUCGUAAAUAUUCCUCCAUCCCUUUAUCUUGAGCCUGUGUGUCUCUUUGCAUGUGAGAUGGGUCUCCUGAAUACAGCACACUGAUGGGUCUUGAGUCUUUAUCCAAUUUGCCAUUCUGUCUUUUACUUGGGGCAUUCAGCCUGUUUACAUUUAAGGUUAGUAUUGUUAUGUGUGAAUUUGAUCCUGUCAUAUGAUGCUAGCUGGUUAUUUUGCCCGAAAGUUGAUGCAGUUUCUUCGUAUCCUCGAUGAUCUUUACAAUUUGGUAUGUUUUUGCAGUGGCUGGUAUUGAUUGUUCCUCUCUAUGUUUAGUGCUUCCUUCAGGAGCUCUUUUAGGGCAGGCCUGGUGGUAACAAAAUCUCUCAGCAUUUGCUUGUCUGUAAAGGAUUUUAUUUCUCCUUUGCUUAUGAAACUGAGUUUGGUUGGAUAUGAAAUUCUGGGUUGAAAAUUCUUUUCUUUAAGAAUGUUGAAUAUUGGCCCCUACUCUAUUCUGGCUUGUAAGGUGUCUGCAGAGAGAUCCUCUGUUAGUCUGAUGGGCUUCCCUUUGUGGGUAACCUGACCUUUCUCUCUGGCUGCCCUUAACAUUUUUUCCUUCAUUUCAACCUUGGUGAAUAUGACGAUUAUAUGUCUUGGGGUUGCUCUGCUCGAGGAGUAUCUUUGUGGUGUUCUCUGUAUUUCCUUAAUUUGAAUGUUGGCCUGUCUUGCUAGGUUGGGGAUGUUCUCCUGGAUAAUAUCCUGAGGAGUGUUUUCCAACUUGGUUCCAUUCUCCCCGUCACUUUCAGGUACACCAAUCAAACGUAGACUUGGUGUUUUCACAUAAUCCCAUAUUUCUUGGAGGCUUUGUUAGUUCCUUUUCACUCUUUUUUCUCUAAUCUUGUCUUCUCCUUUAUUUCAUUAAGUUGAUCUUCAAUCUUUGAUAUCCUUUCUUGUGCUUUAUCGACUUGGCUAUUGAUAAUUGUGUAUGCUUCAUGAAGUUCUCAUGCUGUAUUUUUCAGCUCCAUCAGGUCAUUUAUGUGCUUCUCUAUACUUGUUAUUCUAGUUAGCAAUUCCUCUAAUCUUUUUACAAUGUUCUUAACUUCCUUGCAUUGGGUUAGAACAUGCUCCUUUAGCUUGGAGGAGUUUGUUAUUACCCACCUUCUGAGGCCUACUUCUAUCCAUCCAUCAAACUCAUUCUCCAUCCAGUUUUAUUCCCUUGCUGGCAAGGAGUUGUGAUCCUUUGGAGGAGAAGAGGCAUUCUGUUUUUUUGAAUUUUCAGCUGUUUUGCACUGGUUUCUCCUCAUCUUCCUUGAUUUAUCUACUUUUGGUCUUUGAUCCUGCUAAUGUUUGGAUGGGGUCUCUGAGUGGACAUACUAUUCCUUUCUGUUGGUUAGUUUUCCUUCUAAGAGUUAGUGCCCUCUGCUGCAGGUCUGCUGGAGUUUGCUGGAGGUCCACUCCAGAUGCUGUUUGCCUUGGUGUCACGAGUGGAGGCUGCAGAACAGCAAAGAUUGCUGCCUGUUCUUUCCUCUGGAAGCUUCGUCCCAGAGGGGCACCCACCGGAUGCCAGCCAGAGCUCUCCUGUAUGAGGUGUCUGUUGGCCUCUACUGGGAGAUAUCUCCCAAUCAGGAUAAACGAGGGUCAGGGACCCACUUGAGGAGGCAGUCUGACUCUUACCAGAGCUCGAGCACUGUGCUGGGAAAUCCACUACUCUCUUCAGAGCUGUCCGGCAGGGAUAUUUAAGUCUGCUGAAGCUGCUCCCAUAUCCACCCCUUCCCACAGGUGCUCUGUCCCAGGGAGAUGGGGUUUUAUCUAUUAGUCCCUGACUGCCUUUUUUUUAGAGAUGCCCUGCCCAGAGAGGAGGAAUCUAGAGAGGCAGUCUGGCCAGAGUGGCCUUGCUGAGCUGAGGUGGUGGGCUCUACCCAAUUCGAACUCCCAGGCAGCUUUGUUUAGACUGUGAGGGUAAAAUGCCUACUCAAGCUUCAGCAAUGGCAGACGGCCCUCCUCCCUCCAAGCUCGAGUGUCCCAGGUCGACCUCAGACUGCUGUGCUUGCAAUGAGGAUUUCAAGCCAGUGAAUCUUAGCUUGCUGGGCUCCGUGGGGGUGGGACCCACCAAGCUAGACCACUUGGCUCCCUGGCUUCAGCCCCCCUUCCAGGGGAGUGAAUGGUUCUGCCUUGCUGGCAUUCCAGGCACCACUGGGGUAUGGAAAAUAAAACUCCUGCAGCUAGUUCAGUGUCUGCCCAAAUGGCUGCCCAGUUUUGUGCUUGACACCCAGGGCCCCAGUGGCGUAGGCACCGGAGGGAAUCUCCUGGUCUGCGGGUUUCAAAGACCAUGGGUAAAGUGCAGUAUCUGGGCCGGAGUGCACCGUUCCUCAGGUACAGUCCCUCAUGGCUUCCCUUGGGUAGAGGAGGUAGUUCCCUGACCCCUUGUGCUUCCUGGGUGAGGUGACACCCCACCCUGUUUCAGCUGGCCCUCCAUGGGCUGCACCCACUGUCCACCCAGUCCCACUGAUAUGAACUGGGUACCUCAGUUGGAAAUGCAGAAAUCACCCGCCUUCUGCGUUGAUCUCACUGGGAGCUGCAGACCAGAGCUGUUCCUAUUCGGCCAUCUUGCCAGCAAUCAGACCAGAGUUUUAAAUGGACUACAAAAUAGGUCAAACUCUAUUUCAGAACUAGAGGCUGGGAAUAAUGUCCAAACUUGGUUAUGAAAGUUUUUUUUUUUGGUCUGGUAGGAUAAGAGGGUUUUUACUCAUCUUAAGUUUGAAUUAAACUUUGUAACAAAGUUAUUGUUUUUUUAAACAAUGCAUGUAUCAAAUUAUCUGUCUCAUUAGAUAACUAGGUAGACUUUUCCAAGAUGGUUUCAAAAUCAAAUAUAUAUUCAAAGAUCUUCCAGUGUAAAGCAAUAGGAAUGAAACAAGCCAUGAGAAAGCAGAAUAUUUUGAGUAUAUUCUCAUGCCUUUCUUUAAAGGAGAAGCACCUAUCUAAACAGUUACAGAAACCCAAAUUCAAAGUAGAUUAAACAAGAAGUAAAUUUGUAAACUCUUUUAACUGGGAGACAGGAAGUAGGGAGGGCUCCAGGCACAAUAUCAUUAGCAGUUCAAUGUGAACGAAGACCCAUGUCCUUUCCAAGCCUCCCUCUGCCAUCAGCAUUGCCCUCCUUCCCAGGGUCACAGAUGGCUAUCAAUGGCAAAACUGGGGUUCCGCAUUCUCUUCUCCUCAUCUGGCAAGAGAAAAUGGGAAAUCUCUAUUCCAAGCUUGGAUUAAAAAUUAUUUUCAUUUUUGUGUUCCAGCAAACUUGGGUCCUAUGCCCAGCCAUGGACCAAAAAUAGGCUUAAUGUGAAUGUUAUGUGCUGAUUGGAUUAAAAUAAGUUCUGACUCUGAAUCUGGGAAUGUGGUCACCUUCCUCAGAGACAAGUUGAGAGGUUGGCUUAUCUGAAUAAAAGCAGAGAAUAUGAGAUGCUGGAGAGGUGUUAAUUAAGGAGAACAUUCCCUGAGAUGAAUUAACGGUUAGAAUUAUCUAUCUCUGUAUCUAUCUAUCCACCCAUCUAUCAUCAUCAUCACCUCAUCUCCCUCCUUUCUCUCUCUCUAAAUAUAUACAUGCGGGUAUGUGAGUGUGUAUAUAUUUAUUUUUUUGUGUGUUUAUAUGGUGUGUGUGUGUGUGUAUUCCAGGCAGAUGUGUGCAUAUAUACCCAAACUUUCCUGAUGACCUUGAAAUUAAAUGGGUCAUGUGAAGCUAAAGAUUAUAGAACCCCUUGAUUCCUUUAUAAACAGAAAGUAUUUCUAAGAUAAGAUCAACACUAAUCUUUCAAAUUAGUUGACUGUGUAUAGAACAACUUGUUUAUUUAAAGUCAUCUAGUCUAAUGCAAUCAAGGAGUAAAUUAUAAAUAACCAGUUAGCAUAAAUGGAAAGAAAAUAGUUCCUUUUCUUUGAAUUCAUUUCAUGUUUAAUUUUUCUUGCGCACAUAUAGAAAUGAAUAGAAAUAUUCCCAUUUCAAUGUGCAAAUUCAGCCACUAUAUAGUUUGUUUCUUUUUAGUAGCUAAUAAUAAUAAAUUUUUAAGUAAGAUCUGAUUUUGAAAUAUGAAAAGAAGUUUAUCCUUUCCUGUUUUAAUACCACCUGAUACCCGUUUAACUUACUGUGUUUGAUUCUUGGGGACAUUUAUGUUCAAGGUUCUGUCAAAGCAAUCUGUUAUUCUUGUUUUUACCUGAUGGAUCAUGGAGAAAAAUAAUGGAUUCAGUUAUGAGAAACAGUAAUAGAUUUUUUUAACUGCCAUAAAUUUCUCUCCCUGUAUUAAAUAAAAGGAUCAGGAAAAGAUAAGUUGAAUUUUCCUACAAUGAGCCAGCUCUUCUUAAACUUACCUCCCAUAAAUUGUAGCAAAGCACUUUUCAUAUAAUGUUUUAUUUAUGUAAUUCAGUUAUUUGGAGAUGGUGGUGAGGGAUGUGAGUACAUCAUUUCAUGUUGUAUUUCAAAUCUCUUUUGACAGAAACCCUAAGAAUUUGCAAUAAAGGAAAUUCAAUGUUC